CACGCACCAGAAGCAGCUUCUUUUGUUUUCCUUUCUCCCUUUCUCCCUUCCUGACUUCCUCUUCCUUUCCUUUCCUCCCAAAUUCUGGCACAGGUCAAAUCCUACUAAUCCAAACCCUAAUUUUUCUCCUCUUCGACUGAAAAAAAUGGAGUCUGUAGUUUAUUACUUUUGAAUUUGCUGCGUUCUCUUUGGUACAUGACGAUGAUGGUAUCUACGGCUUUAUGAUUCUUUCGAUGGAAAUCCGUGCAAAGAUGUUGAAUAUCAGUUGAUCGAAAGUUCUAGCGUUGUUAGGUGCUUAUUAUCUAAAAGGAAAACCGCUAAUCUAGUGAAAGGGUGAAAUUGGUACCUUAGGUUUGGAAUUUCCGUUCUUAUUUGAUGGGUGGUAAUUAAGGAGUCACUUUGCAAGGGAGUGACCUUUUUUAUUCUUGUUUCAUCAAUGGCUGAUGAAAGCAAACGCAAAAAUCGUCUUGCUUCUGGGUUAGCUGUAAUAUUGGAUGGUGAAAACAGGAAAGAUACCUGUCAAAAAAACCGGCUUAUUUCUUACUGUGAUGAUUUUGGUGAACAAUCACUUGAACGAACUCUUGAACACAUAUUUGAACUUCCAUUCAAAACAAUCAAUCUUGUAACUUCUCAUGUUGAUGCUGAUGUAAUUUCUUCCAUCAUAAAGAGCGAUUACUUGAAGCAUCAUGGAAUGUUACUUGAUACUUCUACAGAAGGAGUGUAUGCCAUUGUUGACAGUUGUUCUGGACCUUAUGUUGUCAAAAUUGAAGAAUCAAGUGUAUGUGGUGAAUUUCAAGUUAUAAAACCACCAUUGUUGAUCGAAAGCCAUGGAGUAUUCACAAGUGCAAGAGCAAGUUCAUGUGUAUGGAAAGGGAAAUGGAUGUAUGAAGUAACUCUAGAAACUUCUGGAUUACAGCAACUUGGAUGGGCAACUGUUUCCUGCCCUUUCACAGAACACACAGGUGUAGGAGAUGCAGAAGAUUCAUAUGCUUUCGAUGGCAAAAGGGUAAUUAAAUGGAACUUGAACGCUGAACCUUAUGGUCAGUCAUGGGUAGUUGGUGAUGUUAUUGGAUGCUGCAUAGAUUUAGAAAAUGAUGAUAUUUCAUAUUAUAGAAAUGGUGUUUCACUUGGUGUUGCAUUUACUGGAAUAAGAAAAAGGGUUCCUGGUUUAGGGUAUUAUCCUGCAAUUUCUUUAUCUCAAGGUGAAAGGUGUGAUUUAAACUUCGGGGCCCGCCCUUUUAGGCAUUCUGUUGAAGGAUUCCAACCGAUUCAAGCUCCACCUUCAACAAACCAGUUAGCGAUUCGUUUGCUUCAUUGCUUUUCAAAGUUGUUGAAUAUGUGGAGGGGUGAGAGAACCAGUCAUAAGUUAAAGAGAUUUCUGCCUGUUGAGAAGCUUUAUGAACCUGUUUCUCAUGGAAUAUGCAUGGAGUUCUUCAAUGCUCUUGAUUCGAAUCCAGAAAGUGUAGAAUACAUAAGUUGGGGCCCUCUGUUAUCUUUUCUGAUGGAGGUUUUCCAUGAUCAAGCACCUCAUGACUAUGAAAGCUUGGAUAGAGUACUUGAUACCUUGCUCAAGUUCCCAGGGUCAACAUUGUUGUUUCAACAUCUCAUUUCUGCACUAUCGUAUUACUGUAAGACUGCAUCUAUUGUGUUAAGAGAGAGUCCAUAUUCAGGUUCGUAUCUAUAUCUCGCAUUGGCAUGCCAUAUGUUAAGACGUGAAGAAUUGAUGGUGGUUUGGUGGAAGAUGUCGGAUUUUGAGUUUUUAUUUGAAGGAUUUCUAUCUCAAAGAAGUCCCAACAAACAAGAUCUUCAAUGCAUGAUACCUUCUGUAUGGUGGCCUGGUUCGUGGGAAGACAUUUCUUACGAAAGCAGCAUGAUGUUGACCACUAGAACGUUAACCGAAGCAAUUGAUAAGAUCGAGGAGAAACAUAGGGACCUUUGUAGCUUAGUCAUGCAGUUCAUUCCUCCCGUAACACCUCCACAGUUACCUGGAUCAGUUUUCAGAACAUUUUUACAGAAUAUUAUUUUGAGAAACAGAGGAGCAGAUCGGAAUAUACCACCUCCCGGAGUCUCAAGCAAUUCGGUUCUUGUUUCUCUGUUUACAGUUAUACUUCAUUUUUUAUCAGAAGGAUUUGCGACAAGAGGAUGUGGUUGGAUGAUGGGAUCUGGAACUAGUAAAGCGUCAAAUCUAGGGUUUCUUCAUAGAGGUGGUCAACAGAGUUUCCCCCUUCCUCUGAUUCUCAAAAACGAUCCCCAUAGAGUUGAGAUCCCGAGGCUUGGUGGGUCCUACAGUCAUCUUUCAAAUGCUCAUCCUGUAAACGUGGAUCCAGAAUCAGAAGUGGUUAGGUGGGAGGAAGGAUGCAUCGACGAUGAAGAAAGUGAAGAAAGCAGAGUAACACAUAUAGGAAACCGGAAGCCAUGUUGUUGCUUAAGUUUGGAUGUGAACUUCUCACGAAUUUCAAAAACUCCGUUCAGAUACACAACGAAAGCUUCUCAGAGCCAUUGCAGCUCGAUUCCAGAGAGAUCUGCACAGGUGGCUGCAGAAUGUAGCGCGGGAAACUUGAAUGAUGACAUGGCGGAUAAACCUAGCACAAGCGACCAAUCAGAUUCCGAGUUUUACAAUCGUCCAGUUCAGCAAAUGAGAGUUGUAGCGUUAGAAAGCACUUCAUCUUCUUCAACAUUAGUAGAAGAAGAACUUCUGGACGCCAUGCUUCUGUUGUAUCACUUAGGUCUCGCACCAAAUUUUAAACAGGCAUCUGCUUACAUGACGCAUCAGUCACAUUCAAUAUCACAGUUAGAAGAAACUGAUAGACAGAUUAGAGAUCGAGGUAGUGGUGAGCAGUUAAGAAGGUUGAAGGAGGCCAGAAGUGUUUAUCGUGAAGAAGUUAUAGAUUGUGUUCGCCAUUGUGCUUGGUAUCGGAUUUCUCUUUUUGCUAGAUGGAAACAAAGAGGGAUGUAUGCAGCAUGUAUAUGGAUUGUCCAAUUGCUUCUUGUUCUUAGCAAAAUGGAUAUUGUUUUCAGCUAUGUUCCAGAAUUUUAUUUGGAAACUCUGGUUGACUGUUUCCAUGUAUUGCGAAAGAGUGAUCCCCCGUUUGUACCUGCUGGAAUGUUUAUAAAACAAGGACUUGCAUCAUUUGUUACUUUUGUGGCGACACAUUUCAGUGACCCGAGGAUAUCAAGUGCAGAAUUAAGAGACUUACUUUUGCAGUCGAUUUCUGUAUUGGUUCAAUACAAGGAGUUUUUGGCUGCUUUUGAGAGCAAUAAAGCAGCCACUCAUAGUCUCCCAACAGCAUUAUUAUCAGCAUUUGAUAAUCGAUCAUGGAUUCCUGUAACCAAUAUACUUAUUCGGUUAUGUAAAGGUUGUGGAUUUGGAUUUUCAAAGCAUGGAGAGUCUUCAGUGACUUCUAGCAUCUUUCAGAAACUAUUACGUGAUGCUUGUGUCAAAGACGAAGAGUUAUUUUCAGCAUUCCUCAAUCGUCUUUUCAAUACCCUCAGCUGGUCAAUGACAGAGUUCUCAGUUUCCAUUCGGGAAAUGCAAGAAAAGUGUCAGAUGAUAGAGUUUCAACAAAGGAAAUGCAGUGUUAUAUUUGAUCUGUCAAGCAACCUAGCAAGGGUACUAGAGUUUUGCACAUGUGAAAUCCCUCAAGCUUUUCUGUCAGGGGCAGAUACGAACUUGCGCAGAUUAGUAGAACUGAUUGUCUUUGUUCUCAACCAUUUGACCUCAGUUGCUGACCCUGAAUUCUUCGACUUAACACUUAGAAGACCUGGUCAAACCCCGGAGAAAGUCAACCGAGGCAUGAUUCUGGCUCCUUUAGUUGGUAUCAUUUUAAAUUUGUUGGAUGCUAGUCUUGUAAACAGCAGAGAACAGAAUGAUAUUGUGGGCAUUUUCGCAAGCAUGGAUUGUGCUGAUACUCUCAUUUCUGGUUUCCAAUAUCUCCUUGAGUUCAAUUGGGCGGGGAGCUUUAAGGGUGAUUUACAUGUGGCGAAAGCGAAACUGAGGCAACUGGAGGAUUUUUCUAGCAAUCUAAUAUUGAGAACAGUGAAGAGGGUGAGCUAUGAAGGAGGAGGUGAAGCAGAGAGUGAUGAGAACGUGUGUUGCAUUUGCUACAGUUGUGAAGCAGAUGCUAAGUUCUUGCCAUGCACGCAUGUUUCGUGUUUUGGGUGCAUAAACCGGCAUCUCAUCAAUUGUGAAAGGUGCUUCUUCUGCAAUGCUACGGUUGUUGAAGUUGUUGAGAAUGACAAUGCCAAAAGUUGUGAAAUAUAAGUGGGCAUUGUUUCUUACAUGAAUUAUAUUUAGUUUGUAUGGGAAAAAAAAUAUAUGAAGAAAGUUAAGGUUAAAGACCAAAGAGUAGUUAUUUAUAGAAAGUUGAAAUUGAUAGAGAAUAUAUAUUAGUGGUAUAAGCGUUAUUUUGUGGAAAUAUACAAAAGUGUUGGGUG